AUGUGUGGAGGUGCUAUAAUCUCCGAUUUCGUUCCGCCGCCGACGUCCCGCCGCGUCACGAGCGAGUUUGUCUGGCCGGAUCUGAAAAAUAAGGGGAAAAGUUCGAAGAAGAGAUCGAAGAAGUCCGGUUUCUUCGAUCUGGACGAUGAAUUCGAGGCUGAUUUCCAAGGGUUUAAGGAUGAUUCAUCGUUUGACUGCGAAGAUGAUUUCGAUGUCGAGGAUGACGUCUUCGCCAAUGUGAAGCCCUUUGUCUUCACCGCAACAACCAGCCCCGUAGCUUCCCCUGCCGCCGCCUUAGCCUCCACUGGUUCGUUUUCUGCCAAGAAAACCGCAGAGACCAAUGGGCAAGCUGAGAAAUCAAUAAAGAGGAAGAGAAAGAAUCAGUACAGGGGGAUAAGGCAGCGCCCUUGGGGCAAAUGGGCCGCUGAGAUCCGUGAUCCUAGAAAAGGCUCCCGAGAAUGGCUUGGAACAUUCGACACCGCCGAGGAAGCAGCAAGAGCUUACGAUGCAGCUGCACGAAGAAUCCGUGGCAGUAAAGCUAAGGUGAAUUUCCCCGAGGAGAAGAACCCUACCGUCUCCCACAAACGCUCCCACAAACGCCCUACUGCUAACACCAGUGAUCUCAAGAAGCCGGUGGCUAAACCAAACCAAAGCCCUGCUUUGGUUCAGCUGCCAACAGAUGUGACCCCGUACUGCAACAGCUCCUUUGACAACGUGGGACAGGACUCCUUCGGUGAUAUGAGUUUCAUGGAAGAGAAGCCUCAGAUGUACAACGAUCAGUUUGGGUUGACAAACUCGUUCGAUGUUGGAGGUAACAAUGGAUAUCAGUAUUUCAGUUCCGAUCAGGGGAGUAACUCAUUCGACUGCUCUGAGUUCGGGUGGAGCGAUCACGGCCCCAAGACACCUGAGAUCUCUUCAAUGGCAGUCAAUGAUAACCAGGCACCCUUCGCUGAAGAAACCAAUGCAGCCAAGAAGCUCAAAACCAGCUCUGAGGACGGGACAAGCAACAAUGAUGAUAACUCUGAUGAUCUGAUGGUAUACCUUGACAACGCCUUGUGGGACUCUCCAUUAGAUGUGGAAGCUAUGCUCGGCUCAGAUGCUGCCGCUGUGACUCAAGAAGAGGAAAACCCAAUGGACCUAUGGAGCUUGGAUGAGAUCAAUUCCAUGCUGGAAGGAGUCUUCUGA